UUUUCUUUAUCAAACACCCAAAAUCGCCCACAAUGGAACCCAAGCCUCUCACUGCGUAUCAGCAAACCUACCACUGGAGGAACAAAAAUUGUGCUCCUUUUGCAUAUGACUGGAUCAAACAGUCUCUUCCUGGUCUCAAGGUAGAUGAUGGCCAGCAGAGUGCUGAAAUCUCAAGUGUCACCAGCGUUUCAGGCGACUGCGACCUUGGCCAGCGUAAGGGAAAGCUUUUGACUAUUUACGACUUGGAGGUUCAGGCAAGCUGGAUCGGUAAAACCAAAGACGGGAACGAGGUAAAGGGAACUUUGAAGAUCCCCGAGGUAUCUCAUGAAGCAAUUGACGGUGUUUCGGACUACGUGUACGAAUUCAGUAUCACUGGCGGUAGUAGUAGCGCUUCUGAAGAACUUCUCUUUUACAUCCGCAAAUCAUUCCCUCCACUUCUAUCCGACAAAUUCAAUUCUUUCCGGCCCGCUCUCCUUGCCGCACAUGGUUCUGCUACUGCCGAUGCUGCUUCCGCACCUGACUCCGGGGCAUCUACUCCUGCCGCGUAUACCCCGGCUCCUCCCACCAAGGGUGCCGAUGAGCCUAUCAACGAGGAGCAAAAAAAGGAGAAGAAAUCUGUGGGCGCGACUGUCACCGUAGAGGUUAAAGCAGACUUGCAGGCCAGCGCGGAUGAUUUAUGGGGCUUGUUGACGGAUGAGAACAAAAUCCCCAUGUGGUCUAGAUCUGCAGCCAAGCUUUCUUUGAAGGCUGGCAGUCCUUACGAGCUUUUCGGAGGGAAUGUUCGUGGAAAAGUCAUUACUGCUGAUCCCCCCAAGAAGCUUGUGCAGACAUGGCAAGUCAAGAGCCCCAGUUGGCCGUCUGAACAUUACGGAACUAUGACUUUGUCUCUCUCCCAAGGUUCCGACACUACUGCUGCUACUUUCACUCUCGAUGGUGUUCCUGCAGGUACCCAAGCAGAUGUCGAGAAGGCUUUGAACUCUUUCUACAUUCAGGGUCUUAAGCAGAUGGGGUUGGGUACAUUCCUCUAAUCUAAGCAAGAAACCUACCGCCUCAAAAAACAUCUUUAAUAUGUUCAAGGAGGAUGAUAAAAUCAAAUGGUGAGGCACGUCAGCGCGGUUGGCAGAGGGAUAGAAGGUCCAGGUUUAGGUGAUUACAGUGGAAAAGAUGA